AUGUCGUCAGAACGGUCGGAAAAGGAUGUUUUUGACCUCUUAGCACAUGCUACCUCGGAUGUCACUGGAUUCCACAAGCAGGCCCAGUUGCUGACCGUCGGUCCGCAGUCCGAGGCGCCUGAUCUGUUCUUACUGGAGGUAACACCUGCAAUGGCCGACCAGCUGCUCACCUCUGGGCCAACUUUUGACUUCUGCUUCAAAUCCUUCAAAGACUCCUCACAGCCACAGACAGCCUAUCUUUGCUCUGAGGACAAAACUUUCAAACUUUUGGAAGCUGAAACCUCAAAUUCCCUUCUGAUUGUCCCUAAGCUCUGGAUUCCAACUAAGAAGGACAGCGAAAAUCCCCCGGGGGAGCCUUUUGUCACGAAAACGGAAAUAGCUGGAAUUAAGUCCUGUUACUUGGAAACUGUGGCAGUGAGGGCACCUCCUUUGAGGCAACUGAAACAGCUUCUUAUAAAAUCAUCGUUUGCUGGACACAUCGAGGAGGACGACCGGGAUGAUUCUAGUCCCACACAGUUUUAUUCCUUUCAAGAGCUACUGGAAAACGUCCCUUGCAGCAAAACCGAACUCAUUGCAGCACUAGACCGGCUAAACGUCAUGGUUUGGGAAGGAAAGUGCCGCAUAUUUGAAGUCGAAUAUCUGAAUGCUGUAAUUCAGGCUAUCUUCGAUCUAACCGACGAAAACGCCUGGAAUUGGUCUAAGGACGGUUUACCAGCAGCCGCCGUCGUGCUAGGCCUCGAAAAGCUCUACCCCGCCUCGGUGACGCGCCAGGUCUUCCAUCGUUUCUUUUACCGCCGCCAGGGAAGAUCAGCCACUGUUGCCGCUGGCCACGUCUUCCCACGUAUCGGAAAGAUUUGCCAACUCGUGGGCGAGCAUCUGCUCGCCGUGACUACCAAAUUUGCUCUGCAGGAUUUCUUCUCCGUGUGGUGUGCUGCAGUGCCACGCGGCAUGCGUCCACGUCUGCGUCAGCAUCUCACUUGUGUCGGCCGGGCGGUGUGCGAGUCUCAUUUGGUGCUUGCUCCUGCAGGUAGCUCAAACAACUCCGUUACCACUGCCACAGAUAAAGCUGCCCACAGAGGACAAAGUAUCUCCCUCCUGCGCUCGGAAGAUUUGCCAGAUGAGUCGGUGGAGGCACGUCUGGAGGCCCUAUUUGCCCGUCAGGCUGUCUGGCCGGAAGCGGAGCUUGCUGGCUACAUUGCCGACCUAGUGGUCGGCGCGGCACAGUCAGAGGACUGCCGCGGUGAGUUCGUCUUUGAGAGGAGAGUUGAAGAGGAGCUGAUCGUGCUGUCUGAUUCGGAGGACGAUGCUGAACUCGAGUCAAUCGACCUUAACGUUGUGGAUCUGUCGAAUGAUGCACGCGUGCCCCUAGAGUUUGAUAAUCCUAAACCGAUUUCGGCCACCCUUGGAACACUAUUGUCGCAUCUUUGUCGGGCUAGCGGUACAGCUGGUGCUCGAGUCUAUACAGAGAAGUACCCAAGAAAGUAA